UUGGUCGCCAUUUUGGAUUGCGUGUUAAAUUGAUCAUUUGUGCUACAUAGCGCAGCUAGCAUGCUGGCUUGACCAGUGGCGCAAGUUGAAAGAAUAUUCCGAGAGACAAAAGCAGUUCUGACAGUCACCAGUGUUGGGCUGUACUGUGCAUCUGAGACGUACAUCAAUUUGUUUAGCAAUUUGUCCCUCCAGCUAGCAGCUGCUGCAAAAUAGAUAAGGAGGCUAACUAACUAGCUUAGCAGCUAGCUGUCGAUGUGCUCAACAUCAGUACCGGCGACGAGGACAUCCUCACCCUUGAAGUCUCGAUAAGACAGCUAACUUGUUGGAUAGCCAUUUAUGUCUGGAAACAAACUGAAUCCUGAAUCCUAAGAAAUGUACCAGCUACCAGUAAAUAAUCUUACUAGAAUCAGGAAAGCCAGGAAACAAGUGAAAAAAUCACUUGAAGACAUAGGACUGGAGUUCUGCAAGGAAGCAGCAGAGCAAUUCAAAGAGUUUUGUCCAGAUGAAGAGUUUGUGAAGGGCACUUUGGGGUUUGAUAUCUGCACAUGGGCUCCAUCGUACUCUAAAACACAGGAAUACAGGUCAAAGCCAUUUUGCUGCACAGAGUGCUCAUUUUCUUCCAAAUACUACUCAGGCUACAAGAAUCACUUCCGCAAUGUACACAGGAAACUGUUUGACAGUAAAAUCCUACUCAACUGUCCAUACUGCACAUUCACUGCGAGUAAGAGAACCCUGGAAACACAUGUUAAAAUAUUCCACAUACCCAGUUCAGUACGACAGACUUACAGGACUCCACAGGCAGCUUUGCUGGGAAAGAAAACAAAUUUAGCAAGUGCUGGACAAGGACAUGGAGUUCAGAAACCAAUGUACUUUUGCAAAAAAUGCACAUUUCGAAACAAUCUCUACAAUGUGGUUAGAAGACACAUUUACAGGGAACAUUUUCAGCAUAUUGUCUCGCCAUAUUUUGGUAUGGUUUCUGAAUCUGCUCUCAAAAAUGGUUCUAGUUGUGUCAGUGGCAACAACAUCUUCUGCAAACGAUGCCAGUUUUCCACACGUAGCUACGAGACUCUAGUGCAACAUGUGAUAGAGUAUCACGAGCGCAUCGGUUCACAAGUCACAACAAUGAUUGCACAUGCUAACGUUUCAAUGCCAGGGGCUCUGCCCUCACCAGUCAUGUCUCCGAAAGUUCCUCUGAUGGUUAGUAGGCACCACACACUUGGAUCUGAGCCGGUGGCACAGCCAGUGAUUGGCUAUUUAAAACCAGUAACCCCUGUUGUUAAAAAUCAGCCCUUCAUCCCAGCCAGUAAGAUACAUGUUGUGACUCCCAGCAACACUGUAGCUGAAAAUAGUGCUACUGGUAUUAACACGUCCCAGACUCAGAAGUGGAAGAUCUGCACAGUUUGCAACGAGCUUUUUCCUGAAAAUCUGUAUAGUGCUCAUUUUGAGAGUGCACACAAGGCAAAAAAAGUAUGGGCGCUGGCCAAAUACAUCAUGAAAAUCCACAACUUCACCAGCAAGUGUUUGCUUUGCAACCGCUAUCUCCCCAGCGAUACCCUACUUAACCACAUGCUGAUUCAUGGGUUAACCUGUCCACAGUGCCACUCCGCUUUCCACAGUGUUGAGAAAAUCAUGGAGCAUGUAGCUCAGGCCCACCCUGAUGAGUAUGUUGGACCCCCUGGUGCUUCACCUCUGACCUUUGAUCUUACCAUUAAACAAGGAAAAUCCAGGAAUGUGCAGCUUGCUGUUCUCACUUUUAACAUGAAGGAACCAGUCAAUGGUCAGGAUCAGCCUCCACCUGCUCAGAAAAAUGUGCCUCUUCAUGGCAAAUUACCACCUCCUAAAAUGAUUGACAAGCGCAGCGAGCCCAAAGGUUUUGUUUCCCUGAUCAACAACAGUGAUGUUGGAAAGACUGUGUGUCCUCUGUGUUUCACCAUCCUCAAAGGUCCCAUCUCUGAUGCCUUGGCCAUGCAUCUGAGGGAGCGGCAUCAGGUGCUCCAAACAAUGCAUCCUGUCGAAAAAAAGAUGACUUACAAGUGCAUUCAUUGCUUGGGGGUAUACACUAGUAAUAUGGUUGCAUCAACAAUCACACUGCAUCUUGUGCAGUGUAGAGCUGUUGGUAGGAACCAGGCUAACCAAGGUUUCAAGUCUGCCUUGACCGUCAACUCAUCUGGGGCUGGCAUUCUUAAAAGGCAGCUGCCAACUCAGGCCACAUUCAACCCUAAGAAAGUCAAACUGGACAAAGGCUCUAAGGCGUCAGCUGCCAGCUCUGGAAGUAAGGACGAGUGUGAUGGCCUUGCUCUGGAUCCUCGAGGUUACGAGCACAAGACAUAUGAGGCCAGAAAAGAUUUCCUGACAGCCUAUUUCAACCGACGACCGUAUCCGUCUCUUCAAGAAGAAGAGAAGCUGUCUGCGUGUCUGUGGCUGUGGAAAUCUGACGUGGCCAGCCACUUUGCAUCCAAGCAAAAGAUGUGCAUAAGAAAUUGUCAGACCAAGAAGAUGUCGGUACUACUCGGCUUUGACAUGCAUGCACUGAAGAAAAUUCAACAUAAUUUGGUUUUUGCGAAGGACAGGUUUGUUGGCCUCUCAUCCUGGAAGUCUAGAGGUUUCAAGUCCGUUAUACCAAACACAAAACAAAACAAGCAGCCUGAGACACCAAACCCCACCUUAAAACUCAAUGCAGUCACAGAGACCAUUUGCCUAGAUUCAGACACUGACCCUGAAAUGGGGAGCACACCUACUAAGAAUGACAAGAACGUAGAGACCGUAGAGCUGAUUAACCUGACGGAAGAAACGGCACAUGUGGACCCAGAUGAUCCCUCAACAGAGAAGGAGACAGAGAAGGAGAGCUCUUUGCAAGAUGGCAAAGAAAAUGCUUGCGUAGCUCUCUGUUAGUUUUCUGCCUAGCACUGCAUCAUAGUUGAGCAACAUUUUUAAAGAGGGAAAAUUAGUACAACUGUUGGUCCACAAAUGGGUACAACUUACACAGAUAUUUAGCGAAAUAAUGUGGGUUGCAAAAAUUUCUUAGUUCUUCACUUUGCCUCCUUAACCAGAGUUGGAAGAAAGAAAAAUUGUUACAUUAUAAUGCAUUUUAUGGUGCAUGUAACUGACAGUGUACAUAUUUAGCCCAUUGUUAUUUGUUAGUUUCUUGUCAUGGUUUGUAUUACUCACUGGUUAAGUGUCACAAUCUAAACCAACCAGCCAUACCAUAAUUAUCCCUGACAGGUUAUGAGUUUACUGUUCAUCAUGUUAUAAUGAAAUGUUCUGCUGGGGAAAACCUGCAUACUGUACAUGGAUGUUAAUUUACCACUUCCCAUCUAUUUUUACCAAGUCAGUCCCUUAUAUGGAGACAGUAUUUACAGAAGCAGACUUCCUCAGAAGGACAUCAGCAGGCCUGAAUAAAUUGCUAGAAAUGAGCUCAAGGUGGUAGUAAAAUAUUUGCCGGCCUCCAGAUUGAAAAUGGAUCUGUGGGAAACGAGCCCAAUCUACAAAGACCCAACUACACAACCUACAGGCCCCCAAAAGUCUGUUGGUACCAGACUCUCCAGUCACUUCUUUAUCCCCACCCUGACUAGACGGGUUGUUUGGUGGCAAGAUAGGGACGUAUUCAGGGAGCUGGUAAUCAUGAUAUGGCUGAUUGUUUUAUAUUAGAUGAUAAUUGCAACUUCCAUUUCUUUUUUUUUUUUUUUUUUUUUUUUUCUUGGCUGUGACAAAGAGCUGUUUCGUGUUACUUUACCUUUCGAUAGCCUAAGAUUUGAAAGAUAAUGUACAUGUUUUUAUUAAAAAUUAAUCUAAUAAAAUGCAUAAAGUUUG